UAUAAAUUGCAUUGCACAUUGCACAAACCUCUCCAGAGAGGAGGACAUCAGCAGAAAGUCGUCAAUCCGACCUCACACUCCAGUGCAUGAGCAGAGGCCACCACCGGAGAGAGAUGGCCGCAAAAGCGGAGCUUUCAAAUUGGCCAGAGUACCCGGAGGACUUGCGCAACUUGGCGCACAUCAACUCCAAAACGUGGAUUUCUCCCAAUUCAAUUCGCGCGUUCUCGAGGAGGGACACGCACGCCGGUGAAGAUGCAGAUAGGCCUAUAUCCCUGGAGAAACUUGUGCCAGGGAGUAAACUCCACGAAUGCGUGUCCACCAGCACCACCGAGGGCGCGCACGCAGGCCCGCCGGGCCCGCACAGGCACAGACGCGUGGCCGCCAACGCCAGGGAGAGGAGGAGGAUGCACGGACUCAACAAGGCUUUCGACGAGCUCAGGAGCGUCAUCCCGUCCAUGGAGAACGAGAGAAAGCUAUCCAAAUAUGACACCCUGCAAAUGGCCCAGAUUUACAUCACGGAGCUGUCGGAGCUGCUGGCCGGCGUGGUCCAGCAGGAGUGUGGGAGUGAGCAGAGCUCCAGGAUCAACCUGGACCUGAACACCCUGCUGGCCGGAGAACAGCAACUAGAGACCCCCAGAAACCAGCUCAUCAUACUCGGGCCUCCCUCUGACCUCGAGUCAAGUCAUUCAAGAGCUUCUUCCUCCAGCAGCAGUGAUGGGGAAUCCUCGCACCUCAGCGACGGAGAGGACGCUCAGAGUGGGAGACAGUGAAGCCUAAAUGACAGUAGACACACAUGAGAGACACUUCUGCUGCAUCUUCUCCUGUCAACAGUGAUAGAGUAGAUGGGGUUUUUUGUGUUUGUUUGUUGGUUUUUUACUUUUUUUAUUUUAUGAUGCCUCUAUUAACUACAAUAGAGCUUCAAAAAUGCACUUUAAGAUUAUUAACAAUAACUAGUGGCAUUUCCAGAGUCAUUUGUUGGACUUUGGAUUUUAUUUCUAUUCAAAAACAAGUAUUUUUCUAUUUAUGUGUAGCUGAGUGGCAUUUAUGGGGGAUGUUUUGCUAUAAUAAAGAUAUAAUUAAGACAUGAGUGUGCUUUUUCAGUUUUUUUUUAUACAACCCUUUUAACACAACAUUCACAACAAAAUAAAUACUGUUUUUGGCUUUGAUGCAAGGUGCCCAUAAAAGAAUGAUGAAAGAAAGUCAUUCUUAUUUUUUAAAAGAAGAAAAAGACCAUUUGUCCUUGAAUGUGCAAGACUUUUCCAAGCUUUUGUGUAAUUAAACACUAAUCAGGUUCAGCAACAUGACUUUAUAUGUACUGAUGCAAGAAGCUUCUUUUACAUGCGACCGCUUCAGAUGUUUACAUGACAGUAGACAUGAGAGACACUUCUGCUGCAUCUUCUCCUGUCAACAGUGAUAGAGUAGAUGCAUGGGGUUUUUUGUGUUUGUUUGUUUGUUUUUUACUUUUUUAUUUUAUGAUGCCUCUAUUAACUACGAUAGAGCUUCAAAAAUGCACUUUAAGAUUAUUAACAAUAACUAGUGGCAUUUCCAGAGUCAUUUGUUGGACUUUGGAUUUUAUUUCUAUUCAAAAACAAGUAUUUUUCUAUUUAUGUGUAGCUGAGUGGCAUUUAUGGGGGAUGUUUUGCUAUAAUAAAGAUAUAAUUAAGA